AUUCUCUUACCGCGGGAAAUCAGAAUGUCGAAUAGAGGAGCGAAAAUUGGAGGCAAACAGUAAUAUGACGGUAUCGUAGUUGAUGACCAGUGUACACGGUGACAAUUCUUUACAGUCAUCAUGGGGAUUCAAGGUCUUCUACCAUUACUGAAAAAAAUUCAUUCUCCUGUCAACGUAUCAAAGUUUGAAGGUUGUACAGUAGCUAUAGAUGCCUACUGUUGGCUGCACAAGGGAGCCUUUGCUUGUGCUGACAAACUAGCUCUAGGAGAGAAAACAGAUGUUUAUGUUUACUACUGCAUGAAGUACCUGGAAUAUAUGCUGAAGAAAAAUGUCAAACCUAUUAUGGUGUUUGAUGGAUGCCGCUUGCCUUCAAAAAAGGAUGUUGAAAAAUCACGCAGAGAGAAGCGUGAGAUAUACAGAAAGAAAGCUGCCCAGAUGUUGAGGGAGGGAAAGCGUGCGGAGGCACGAGAAUGUCUACAGCGCUGUAUUGAUAUCAGUCCGGAGAUGGCCCUGGAGCUGAUGAAAACGUGUCGUGCUCGAGGGAUUGACUGUAUUGUGGCUCCAUAUGAAGCCGAUGCCCAGCUGGCCUUCCUGUGUAAACAAGGCAUUGCUCAAGCCAUUAUCACCGAGGACUCUGAUCUACUACUUUUUGGCUCUCAACGGGUCAUAUUUAAGAUGGACCACUUUGGAAAUGGAGUACUAAUUGAGAGUGAGCGUUUAAAUGAAGUGUUAGGGAUUUCUGAAGGUUACUACACUUUUGACAAGUUCCGUUACAUGUGUAUCAUGUCGGGAUGUGAUUACCUGCCUUCUCUGCCGGGGAUCGGACUGGGCAAGGCUAGCAAGGUGUUUAAGCUGGCUAGACAGACAGAUUUAAAGGUGCUACUAAAGAAGUUCCCGUCUACCUACCUGAAGAUGUCAAUGAGUGUUCCCCAGGAGUACAUUGAUAACUUCAUCAAGGCUGACAACACAUUCCUGUACCAGCUGGUGUUUAACCCCCUCACAAGGAAACUGGGGCCCCUCAAUCCAUACCCACCCGAAAUCAACAGAGAAGAGCUUCACUAUGCAGGGCCUUACAUUCCUGCCGACAAAGCACUACAGAUUGCUCUGGGAAACAUCAACAUCUACACAAUGCAGAUGUUUGCCCACUUUGAUCCUGAUAAAUAUGUGCCACCAAAGGCUGCCAAGAAGACUUCAGGUUCCUUACAUCAACUUUCUAUAUGGAACAAGCUGUACAGAGUCCGACCCAAGUUUGUUGACAAAGAAACGGAGGAAGCUACACGUCCAAACUUACAGGGGAAAGAACAGAAUUGUGCUUCCAAACUUCAAAGGAAAAGUCCAAGGAAGAGACCAGUGGAGGAGAGUAAAGACACCAAUUCAGAUACAGAGCUGUCUGGGAUGUACCAAUCAACAUCACCUUUAAAGGAAGAAUCGGCCAACAGGUGUCAACCAGAAGAUAUGUCGGUCCUGUCACCCCGACGGAAACGAGCGAGACUGCACCUUGCCAGCAGUUUCCCUGAGGAGUCUGAGGAAUCAGACCCUGGCAUGGAGGCAGAGGAUACAUCAACUCCACAGAAGGGGUCGUCUGAGGACAGGGUAAAUUUCAUGGCUUCUCUGAAGGAAGCUGUCACUGUUGUGUCCGUUAAUACCCUAACGUCACCUGACAAUGCCUCGCCCAAGGACAAGGAAAACUGUCUACAGUCACCCAAGAGGAACAAGUUUGCUGUCUUGACGGGGAAGCGGCCACGAUUUGACAUCAAUGCCAAAAAGGAAUUGAAAAGCAGAUAUUUCUCGUCAUCUUCUGACAAGGACACCACAAAACCAUGUACACCAUCAAGUGAAGAAGGCAGUGUCCAAGUUAACCAACAGCAGAAUUGCAAGAUCAAACAAAAUUCCCCUGUCACUAAAACCCAAUUAAUGUCCCCUGAAUCCAAAGUCAAACUUCAGUCACCUGUUAAAAAGACUAAGGUCGGCUUACAAGACAAAGUGAAGGCUUCGCCAGGAUCAGCAUUCUCGUGGUCAAAGUUCAAAUUCACUAAACAAGCUGAAAAACAAUCACCUAAAGUAAAUUCCCAGUUCAAACAGAUUGUGUGUAAUAAACCUGGAACAAAGAACUUUAUACAAAAAUCGCUUUCAAGCUCGGAGUUGCUCUUGUCCAGUGGUGAUGAUGUAAUCAUCAAAGAUGUGUCCGCUAGUCAACCCAAAACUAGUUGCCAUGGUAAUAGUUCUCAGGAUUCCCAGGGUGUUGCAGCAUGUGACCACGAUCUACAUAGUACCUGUAACAGUGUAUGUGGUAGUAUAGACUCUUUCUGUUUGGUAGACAGCCAGUCGUCACAGGAUACAAAACCAUCUCUUCCUUCCCUUACCUCUACCUACAGCGACACUAAAGACAGCCAGUCGUCACAGGAUACAAAACAAUCUCUUCCUUCCCUUACCUCCACUCAUAGUGACAAUACAGAGGAGGAAAGUCAAAUUUCCACAACCUCUGUCUCAUCUCCUGCAUUACUGAGGCGCUCAUUAGGUGGUGUGACGAAAUCAGCAUGUAGGGUGUCUGGAUUGUCCAGAGGACAGAAAACAAAGACGAAUGCCUCCAAGUCUAAGGCCCCAGAUAUGAAACAGAGAAGCAUCAAAGACCUUUUUUCCAAGUUCAGCCAUAACAGGUCGGUAACACAGUUGAGCCACUCCGAAAAAAUUGUCAUCAAGGAAGAAGACGAGCAAGCAAUGACGCCAUCCUCCGACAACAAAGUGUUAUCUACCAUGGGAGGGGUACAGAGAAAGCUCCUAACCUGAUCUUGGUGACCAAUACUUAGCUCAAGGUUCUGUCUUGGUAAUUAAAGAAGAUACUUUUUGCAUUGAUAACAAGGUUCUGCAUACGGUCUUACAGGUUCAGAGUGAAACUUUUAAUCUGUAGACAACAAGGUUCCAUCUACGAUCCGACAGGUUCAGAGUGAAACUUAGAUCUGUUAAACUACUGUGAGUUGGGUUCAGAGUGAAACUUUUAAUCUGUUGAAAAAUAAUGGAGGAGUACCUGUAAGUCCCUCUCUUAAUAAUUAAAUACAGCUGAUAAUUUUAGCCUGCAGCAGGGUUCUUACUAUUUUGUUUUAAACAGAACUUGACAUAUUUUAGAGACCAACCUUUAUAAUUUUAGGCUUGAAUCAUUUUAUUGGUUUAGUAGUGCUGAAUCGAAUAUUUUACAUGCUUGAAGUUUUAUUGUAAUGAAUAAAUGAUUUAUACUUUA